CGUCACAAAAGCGUGUUCGCUAGAGAUAGUGAUUUUUUACUAAACAAAAUAAAACAAAUUUCACAAAGAAUGAUAGAAAACGUUGCAGACACAUUUACCGAUAGCGUUUUUUUGUUUCUAACUGGAGAAAUCAGAGACGGGCAAGGAUUGUUAAUAAAAAGACAUUCUGAAAGUUUAGACCUACACGGCGACUUCAGCUUUCCAAAUAAAGUGAAAUCCUGGCACGGAUAUAUUGAUGCUUCAAAGGCGAAAGGAAAUGAUAGCUUGAUGCAGUGCAUCGGAAAAUCAACAGAAGAAUUCGUUCGUGAAUCACAAAAUUGGUUCCUACAAGUAAACAAAGUUAAAGAACAUAAAGACCGGAUUCACUUAUUUGUCGACCGCACAAAGUCUAUUCGUAUAGGAUUAACAGAAGCCUUAAAUGUUAACGCCACGGUUAUCAAAAGAUUAAAUGAAACACUUGAUUCAGUUACGUGUGAUCCACUUUGUAAUGAUGAUAGCUUGACGACCCUCCGUUUACGAAAUCUAAGCAGAACUAUACAGAAUCUUUGUACUCUAUGCAAGAAUAAGACGCCCAUAUUUGUAAGCUCAAAAUCGUCCCGUAUUUGCCCUGAUGGUAGUAGAAUGGUGCUGUGUGGGGCUGUUGUUAAUGCUAAAACAGGCAGCAAGGAAAGAUCUGUUGAUGGCAAUGAAUUUAUAAGGCUCCGGCAAGAUGAGAUGACACUAAUUGCUCAACACAAGUAUGGGGUGAGGGUGUCCACAGACUCAAAAUGGAGAGAGUUCAUAGCUAAUCUUGGGGAAUCAGCUGCCGUGUUUGAAUUGCUUCAGACCAAACCUAGUAGCGCAGUCAAAAUCAAUUGCGACUGUUCUUCAACAGGGUCAAGUAAAGGAGCUGCUUUCAUACUGUACAACUGCGCGAGGCUGGAGACUAUUGUGCGGACAUUUAAUGAGAAAGUUGAUGACGGAACUUAUCCUCCUAUAUCAGACUUUGAGCAUACGGAUUUCAGUUUACUCACACAGGAAGAUGAAUGGAGCUUAAUAUUCAACUUCGUAAUGGGGUUCCCAUCUCUCAUAAACAAAUCCAUGGAUGUAGGGGAAACUACAUGCGAAUUCCGUCCACACCAGAUCUGCAGCUUUUUAUGCUCUAUGGUCAGAGUGUUCAGCCAAUACUACAGGAGAAUUAGGAUACUAACAGAGCCAAGAAAGCAUCUGUUGCCAGUAUUGUACGCCAGAAUCCACAUGUUAAAAAUAUUGAACGAGACCCUCAAGAUAUGCUUGAAAAUAUUGAAUAUUAAAAGUGUUACGCAAAUGUAAA